AUGGCACUAAUUAACAAUAGCCACCCUGAUGAUUUUAUUCUACAAGGCUUUGCUGACCAUCCUUGGCUAGAGUUUCCAAUGUUUGUUAUUCUUCUCAUAACAUACCUCAUGGCCAUGAUGGGAAACAUCACCAUCAUUCUGGUGUGCAAGAUAGAUGCCCGUCUGCACAGCCCCAUGUAUCUCUUCCUCACCAACCUUUCCUUUUUGGACAUGUGUUACACCACCAGCAUUGUGCCUCAGAUGCUAUUUAACCUAGGAAGCUCUAAGAAGACCAUCAGCUAUGUGGGGUGUGCACUUCAGCUUUAUUUAUUCAGCACAAUGGGAGCCACUGAAUGUCUUCUCUUGGCUAUCAUGUCUUUUGAUCGCUAUGUAGCCAUUUGCAGACCUCUACACUACACCCUCAUCAUGAAUCAGCGCAUCUGCAUCUUAUUAAUAUCCAUUACAUGGCUAUGUGGACUGACCUAUGCUAUCUCAGAAGCCACACUUACAUUACAAUUGCCACUGUGUGGCAUCAAUAAACUGGAUCACUUGUUGUGUGAGAUUCCAGUUCUGAUAAAGACUGCCUGUGGGGAAAAGGAGGCUAAUGAACUUGCACUCUCUGUGGCAUGCAUUUUUAUAAUAGCUGUUCCUCUAUGCUUAAUUCUUGCCUCCUAUGCUAGCAUUGCUCAUGCCAUACUUAAGAUUAAAUCUUCUGAGGGGAGGAAAAAGGCCUUUGGAACAUGUUCCUCUCAUCUCAUUGUAGUUUUCUUAUUUUAUGGUCCAGCCAUUAGCAUGUACCUUCAGCCCACCUCUUCCAUUUCAAGAGACCAGCCCAAGUUUAUGGCUCUCUUCUAUGGAGUGAUGAUUCCUACAAUCAACCCCUUUAUCUACACCCUGAGGAAUAAGGAUGUCAAGGGGGCACUAGGCAAUAUGGGAAGGAACAUUUUUUGUUCCAAGUGA